CCAGGCUGGUGGAUCAGCACUAGGACCCGGUGGAUCCCUGGAUGAGGAACCAGCGCCGCUGAGUCAAACUAUGAACUGUAGACCCUGUGGCUCGGUUCGCCGCUCCGAGGCUGACACAUCUCAGCUGUGUGCGCGUCGCCUGUUCGUAACCCUAACUUUUAAAUGAAACAACCGGGGGUUUAUUGCUGGAAAUAAGCUGGGUGACCCAGACGGUAGCAUAUCAGACGCCAUGGACUCCAAACGCCAAAGUGUGGUGAUGGAGCGACUUGUGAAUGAGCUGGGGUCUCUGCUGAAGAUGCUCAGCCAUGAAACAGUCAGUCCGGCCACUGCUGACAAGAUGGCCUCCAUACGCAACAUCCUGGACUCAAUGCAGCUGUCAGUCAACGGAUCAGACGUCUACAUGAACAGCUGUCUUUAUGGCAACGGCACAAGCUUUGUAGAGUCUCUGUUUGAGGACUUUGACUGUGAUUUGCACAUACUCAGUGCAUCUCCUGUGGAGCAGAAAGAGCACAAAGAAGGACAGGAGAAGACUCAUCCUAAUAAAUCUACACCAACUGACACACCCCCUCCUCUCCCAACCACUCCCCUUCCUGAUGACUACUACGAAGAGGCUGUUCCUCUGGAUCCUGGAUCCAUGCCUCAGUACUUUACCACCAAUAUGAACACCUCCAGGAACUCAGUGGAAGAUGCCUACUAUGAAGAUGCAGACAAUAACUACCCCGACACUAGGAUUAAUGGUCCUCCCAAAAACUCCUAUAAUGACUCAGAUGCUCUGAGUAGUUCCUAUGAGUCUUAUGAAGAGGAGGAAGAGGAGGCCAAGGGUCGGGACCAAUCCCAGAGAUGGACAGCUGAGGAGAGCUCAGAUGGACCAGUUAGAGACUGCCACAUCUGUGCCUUUCUGUUGCGAAAGAAACGCUUUGGCCAGUGGACUAAACAGCUAGUCAUUGUCCGAGACAAUAAACUGCAGUGCUAUAAGAGCAUCAAAGAGAGCACUCCCCACACUGAGCUCCCGCUGAAUCUGUGCAACGUCAUCUAUGUCCCUAAGGAGGGCAGGAAAAAGAGACAUGAGUUGCGCUUCUCUUUGCCUGGAGGCGAAGCACUAGUCUUGGCUGUUCAGAGUAAAGAGCAGGCCCAGCGAUGGCUCAAGGUGGUGCAAACUGUUGGCAACCAAUGUAGCAACACUGAAGGACUGGAGGGAUCCACUUCUCCCAUCCUCCAGAGGAAGCUGGAGCUUGACAAGGUGCUGCAGUCUGAACGGCAGGCAUCAGACUCAGACAGUGGGCCAACAGCAGACAGCCAGUCCACUGCGCCAGGACGGGACACCACUGACUCACUCAACAGAGGGAAGCGUGGAGCCUUCUCUGAGCUGACGGGGUCGAUGAGCCGAGCAGCGGGGAGGAAAAUUAAUCGGAUCAUCACUUUCUCCAAACGGAAACCUCAUUUACUGGGGGAACAUCCUCCGUCUUCUGGUCACCAUGACAACCCACGCUGUGGCUACCUCACUGUGUGUCUGGGUGGCUCACGGAAGGAACGUUGGUGCGUGGUGCGAGCAGGAAGCCUGUACCUGCAGAAGGACCCUGGGGACCAACGGCCCCCAGGCAUCGUGGUGCCGCUCAAAGGGGCAGAAGUGGUGCCAGGUGGCCUCGGCCCCAAGCAUCCCUUCUCUUUUCGUAUCCUGCAGGGAGGCAGCGAACUGGCAACUUUAGAGGCCAGCUGCUCGGAAGAUCUCGGUCGCUGGCUUGGUGUGUUGUUUGCAGAGACUGGGAGCACUGUGCUCCCUGAAGAGCUGCACUAUGAUUACAUUGACGUGGACACACUCACAGACAUACGACAAGCUGCCAGACACUCCUUCCUCUGGGCCAGUACCACUGCUAUGUCCUCUGGGAGUGCCUCAGCAGACUCCAGGACCUAUGAUGAGGUCUAUGAAAGCACUGAGGAAGGAGGUAUUGAGAGCAGGCCAGGCCAGGUGAGACGUCAUGCCUCCUUCUCCAGCAGAGACUCUGAAAAAACAGAACAAAAGGCCAUCAUCAAGAGACAUGCUUCCAAUGUAAACCAGUAUGGGCGGUAUGGGAAGACACGAGCAGAAGAGGAUGCCCGGCGAUACUUGACACAGAAAGAGGAGCUGGAAAAACAAAAGGAAGAGCUCAGAUCUGCGCUGAUUUCCCUCCGCAGGGAGAAGAAGGAGGUGAAGGAGGAGAUGAAAGGUGGCAGAGGUCAUGGUGUGGAACAGCGGCUAGCUGAGCUGGAAACACUGUGUAAACAAAAGGAGGAGGAGAGGGUGGAGCUGGAGCUCCGACUAACAGAAGUCAAAGAAAACCUGAAGAAGUCGCUGGCUAGAGGAGCACUGGGUCCACCCACUGACACCAAGAUCAGUGUCAAGGCACAGGGAGGUAAGGUGGAAAAGGUUUACAAUGAGACUCUGCCAGUCAACUCAGCAGCUGAGCUUCGUAAACGCACUCCAUCUCUUUACACCUCUUCCAAGGGGAACGUCAUGCAGAAGGCAAAGGAGUGGGAGUCAAAGAAGGGGACCUAGACUGAAGAGGAAUGGAUCAACUAAUGGAUUCAUGGAGAGAAAACGAUGAACUGUGACAAGAGGAUGUGUAAAAAAAGAAA